UCUAGGUGCACAAUUCAAAUAUACCUUACACAUUCAGUUUGGGCAUCCUGAUUGAAUACGUAAUAAAUAUAUAUGUAUACCUGGAUAUGUGACAAGUUAGAGCGCUCAGAGACACUUAUAACUAAGGGGUGUUAAAGUAAACGCCGGUCGCCUCUAGGAGUUCCUGCUAUCUUUACUUACACCCAGAUCGAGCUCUUGUCUCGUAGAGUUAGGUACUACAUGUCCCCAGCAGUUGAGUAUAUAUGAAGGCAAGCGCAGUAUAGAAGCGAGACCAACAGACAUAGUUUAGGCCGGAAUAUGCCGAACAUACUUCUCACUUGCCAUCGAGACUGCCAAGUUGACAUACUAUGACACACAAUAUGAUGCUAAGCUACCAGCUCUUUCCUUCCCACUCCUAUUUUGGAGGGAGACUUCCAUAUUAUUUGGGAAAGCGCAAUAGAAGCGGUGUUUCAACCCAAAAAUUUACUCCCCUAGGUUUCUAUUCUAUUCUCUCAUCCUUCAAUCUCUCAAUCUUCCGUCUCUUCAACUCGUCUCUAUCUCUCAUCCUCUUGUGUCUCUACCAACAAUCUUCUCAUUCACCACCACUUUACCAAUCUAGCCAACAUAGCCAGAACUGCAGAUCACAUUAAGAUGCGAAGAAACGCCCUUCUUGGGGUCCUAGGGGCCUCUGGGCUCGUGGGAUUGACCACAGCUCAAGAGUAUGGAAACGGGUGAGUGAUUGAUUGACCAGCUUGAUAAUAUGCCAAUCUGUCUGUCGGUGAUGCUAACAAGUCCUGGAAGACCUUCUUCAACCGCUGGAGGCGGAAGCGGAAGCGGAAAUGGUGGUGGUGGAAAUGGAGGUGGGAAUGGCGCUGGAACCUGCCCUGCUCAUACCAUCUUCGUGACUGUUACUCCGGCCAAUCUUCCCACUGUUGUCUCUACUGUCAUAUCCACUGUCAUUUCUACCGUCACUCCUGGUCAAGGUGGCCCUGGUGGCUUUGGCUCGAAUUCUGGUACCAAUGUCUUUCAAUCUACUUCACCUGUGGCUUGGUCUCCGUCCAGAACGAUCACUAUCCCUUGUUCUACUGAGUUGUCUGGCACUGUUCCCUGGUCUACUGAUUUCCUCACCCUCACUCUACCUCCCGCUGCUAGCAACACGGUUCCCGGCGUUCCCAUCACUUACACGAUUGUCAGCCCCGGUGGUGGCGCUGGUGGACAAGGUGUACCAGGUGGACAAUCGACAGGAAUCAACCCUGGAGUCUCAGCUAGUCCUCCAGGCCCAUUUGGUAUCUCUUCUUCCCCAGGCCAGUAUCCUGCCACUUAUACUGAGACUCUCUCUGGAGGCGCUGGGAAUACUCCUUUUGCUACAAUCACAAUCACAGCUCCUGGAGGUUCACCAAGUGGUGCUGGCCAGGGAGGACCAAACGGCCCAGAGAGUUCUGAGACAAUUGUUGUCGUCUUCCCUUCACAGACUGCCGGAAGUCCCGGUGGCUCUGGCUCUGGCUCCGGUUCAGGCUCCGGUUCAGGCUCCGGUUCAGGUUCUGGUUCUGGUUCUGGUUCCGGAAGUGGGCCAAAUGGUCAAGGGAUCUCACCAACAGCUGCCACUACUACCCCUUGUGAAUCUACUGGCAAUGCCGGAAGCUCAGGGUCCGAAACUGGCCCAGGCGGUCAAGGUGUCCCCUCUGAGACCACCAUUUGGGCCGCACCUUCUGAGACUGGUAGUGGUCCCGGCGGCGCAGGUGGCCAGGGUAUCCCACCAAGCAACACUUUGACUGCACCGGGCGGUUCACCCAGCAACUCCGCCGGCGGGUCAGGCCCUGGAAGUCUUGGGGGCUUUGGCAGCCAAAGCACCCUCGAAACGGUUACAUUAACCUUACCUGGAGUCUCUGGCGGCCCAAGCUUUGUCGAUACACUCACUAUCACUGCACCCGUGGCAUCGCCAACCGGCCCCGCAGGUGGUUCCGGAGGCUCUGGAGGCUCUGGAGGUCCUGGAGGUCCUGGUGGUCCAGGUGGACAAGGUACUCCACAAACCAUCACAGUCACAGUCCCGAGCGUAUCGCCUGGUAGUUCUGGAACUUCGCCAUGCCCAGAAGGAAGUGGAUCCGGCUCUUCCAAUCCGAAUGUCAUUACAGUUACCGGCACUGGCAAUGUUCCCGGUGGUGGUGCUGGUGGGCAAGGCCUCCCUUCAACAAACCUUCCAACAAUCACUAUUACUGCCCCUGGAGGAUCUCCUAGCAAUCCUUCUGGCGGGUCUGGAGGUUCAGGAGGCGGCAGCAAUGUUCACACCAUUACUCUAACAGCUCCCGGGGAGUCAUCGGGUACGGGAGAGGGUUCUGCUCCGUUUGUCAUCACUGUCACUGGUACUGGAAUUACUCCAGGUGCUCCAGAAACCAUUACUUUUACAGUUCCCAGCGGGCCGUCAGGCAACCCUGCAGGUGGAUCCGGAGGUGCUGGUGGCCAGAGUAUUCCUUACACUAUUACUGUGACAGCACCAGGACAGUUACCAAGCAACACUGGUGAGGGAUCCGGAGGCUCGGGAGGUAAGAACCACUCAGUUCCCCCUGCAGGGCGUCAUACUAAUAGUGCCAGGUGAAUCCCCAAGCGGCUCUGCGAGCGGGCCCGGAGGUCCAGGUGGCCAGGGUGUUCCCCAAACCAUCACUGUGACAGCGCCAGGUGCAUCAGCAGGUAACCCUGGAGGGUCGCCCGGAGGUUCCAAUGGCCAGGGCACAACACCAUGCACCACGGGUGAAUCUGGUUCAGUUUCGUACCCGUAUGUUACCACUGUCACCGGCACCAACAACGGCCCUGGCGGAAGCAAUGGAGGUGCUGGCUCUUCACCGACAGCAGUCACCGUCACUGUUCCCGCAUAUCCAUCCGGAGGUCCUGGUGGCCAAGGUGUUCCCCAGACCAUCACUGUGACAGCGCCAGGUGCAUCAGAAGGAUCUGGUAGUGGCAAUGGAGGUAGUGGCUCAUCGCCGCAGUCC